UCACUUUAUAAAAGGCGCAUAAAUAACGAAGCCGCAACACAUUCGCUCAACAAGUGGCGCCAAAGCAGCAACCAACCGUUGAACGGCAACAAGCGUGUGAACGAAAACGUAACAGUAAAACAAACGUUAACUGUGGAAACGGAAGUGUACGUUAAAAAACGGCAACAAAUAAUCGUAAAUGAAUUAAAAGUCUAACGGCUCAAAAUCUGAAUUGUAUUGGCAAAAAAAGGACACACUUUCAACUUACCGACAUCGGCAAGAAUAACCACAGUAACAGUAACAGCAACAGCAACCACACAGUCGCAAUAACAAUUUGCACAUCAACACUAAUCCUUGACUGAAACCGAGGACGCAACGUUUGAAGGCAAGACAAGUCGUGUAUAUAUAAAAAUAAAUAAAAGCCUCACAGCGAUCUCAACCUAAAGCCACACAAAUGCAGCAUAACGCGUUCCACAUGUACGCCUUGCCCGCAGCUAUUUUGCUGCUAGGAAACUGUUGGUAUGCAUACGCAUAUGUCGCCUUGCCAGCAGCGGCCGCAGCAGCAGCCGGAGCCGGAGCAUCGGACGCCGGCGCAACAGACACGAAGACGUAUGCCAAGCAUAUGGCAGAAUUAAUGACCGGCACAUAUCCUGAUAGAGCGGCUGCUUCAUCGGCGGGUUAUUUGAAUGAUGUAGCCGGAAGUAUCGCUGUACUACCACCGCACCAACUGCUGAAUGAGCCUAACGGACGUGCUGCGGUCUACGGUGAUGAGCUACUCCGCGCUUUGAACGCCGAAACUGCCAUCAAUGGCCAAGAACUCGGCACACUACCCGAAGAGCCUGAUUACGCUGAUACUGUGUUUAACGAACUGGAAGUGGCAAACAAAUAUGAAAUGUUACAUAAAUUGGAGAAAGAUUUGCGCGCGGAACAGGAAAUCGUUACAAAAUCAGCUUUGUUAAUGAAAAUGCUCGAGGAUCCGAAUAUGCAAACGCUGCCGGUCAUUUAUGUUGAGGAGGAGGACGAUGACGAACCAUCUGACGAAAUUGCCGAAUUGAACAGUAAUAAUGUGGCAUAUCGCUUAGGCGGCAUGGGGGCUGGUGUGGCAAAGCGCUCGCGCUACUACCGUCGCUAUCCUUGGAAGCGGCACAAUAGGAAUCGCAGCACUUACGAGCCAGAAUUGCGUUAUGCUUGCACGCCCACCAAAGAGGAUGUCUUCAAGCUGCUAAUGAACCUGCAUGAAAAUCGCAAAGGCAAUCACAGUAAAACUGUAAACUUCUGCAAUCGUAAGCGUCCAGCCAAAGCCAUUUUCACCAACAUACGUUUUCUGGGUUAAACUGGACGGCGAUGCGGUUGAACAAAUAUCUUUAAUGAGGCAACGGAAUAAUACGAACUACAAAUAUUUUAAAUCGAUGCUGACGUGAAAACGAAAACAAAAUGUGGAGGAAGCAAUUAUGAAUAUAUUGUGUUUGCACGGAACUUGGCUGGAAGCAAUUGUUUACAAAAAUUAGCAUAGCUUUUUAACAUAAUUCCCAAUCAAAAGUCUAUAUGUAUAUUUAAAUUGAAGUAAAGUAAAUUCA